GGGUCAGGGCGUUUAGGGCUUUUAGGGUUGCGCGUCGUUCUUCUAGGUGCCGGUACCCGCACCCGCACACGUCACGUCUCCAUCCCCGCUCCAUGACCUCCCUUCCCCGAGCUUGUCGUCUUGUUUGCCAUCCUCCUUCAAUGCAUGGGUAUUCUUCUCCCCCCUGGCCCCCCGCUCAGGCCCCAAGCUGUACGAGGCCAACUGGCUGGACCUGACGCGCGCGGGGCACAUCGCCAACGUGCAGUGCGCCGAGGUGUGGUGCCCCAUGACGGCGGAGUUCUACAGGGAGUACCUGAAGAAGGAGAACGCGCCCCGGCGGCAGCUGCUGUACGUCAUGAACCCCAACAAGUUCAUGGCCUGCCAGUUCCUGAUCGACUUCCACGAGCGGGUGCGAGGAGACAAGAUCAUCGUGUUUUCCGACAAUAUCUGGGCGCUACGCGAGUACGCCACCCGCCUGCGCAAGCCCUUCAUCUACGGCCCCACCUCGCACGCCGAGCGCACCCGCGUACUGCACGCCUUCAAACACCACCCAGACAUCAACACCGUCUUCCUGUCAAAGGUGGGCGACAACUCGCUGGACAUCCCCGAGGCCAACGUGCUCAUCCAAAUCAGCUCCCACGCGGGAAGCCGGCGGCAGGAGGCGCAGCGCCUGGGCCGCAUCCUGCGAGCCAAGCGGGGCAAGGCGGGCAGCGGACACGAGGGCGAGUUCAACGCGUUCUUCUACACGCUUGUAUCCAACGACACGCAGGAGAUGUACUACUCCACCAAGCGGCAGCAGUUCCUGAUCGACCAGGGCUACUCCUUCAAGGUGGUCACCAACCUGCUGGAGGCCGCAGGCGACACCCCAGGGCUGCUCUACUCCGACCGCCCCUCCCAGCUGGACCUCCUCUCCCGCGUGCUGUCCGCCGGCAUGGAGGAGGCGGGCGUGGAGACGCUGCGAGACGAGGACGCGGAGGGGCUGGCGGCGGCAGCGGGCGGCCGGCCGGCGGCGCGGCGGCGCGUGGGCGACAUGGCGGCGCUGACGGGCGCGACGGGGUACCGCUACAUGGAGUUUGCGUCGGGAGGAGGACGGGGCGGGGGAGGAGGCGGCGGGGGUGGCAGGGGAAAGGGCGGGUAUCAGGGCACCAAGGCGCAGUCGUGGGCGAGGAAGCUGGGGGUGGCUGCGAAGCGGUGAGAGGGGCUUGUUGGUUGGGGUGUUGUGUGGGUCGUUGUGUACUGAGAUGGUGGUGCCUUUGUGUGUGGAAGGUGGACGAAUGGUGUAGAUUGAUCACUGCAGGUGAGGGAAGGUACGGACGGGUUGGUGACCGAGGUUGUAGAGUCUACUACAAGUACGGCAGCGUACGAUAGGAAAGCCUAGUGUGCGCGUGGUUUCCGUACUACAGAGAUAGUCCAGGAUUGUAGAGCUUCCAGCGGCGGUCCAGAUGUCGAGGACGGUCUUUAGGAGGAAUGAGUUAGUAGGGUGCAGAGCGCCAACAGUCGAGCAGUAUUGUAGUGUAGGAGUAGCGUUAUCGCUUCCCACCUUGCGCAGGUGUUAUCCAUUGAUAUGCAGGUGGUUGGUUCUUUUGCAGGUGUCUUCUGCGCUGCAGGCUGUACUUAAGCUGGCCAGGUUUUCCGGGGCGCGUGUCCCUAGUUUUCAAACGGGAGGUUGGAGGGCAGCUUGUCGAGCUACCCUGUAGACUUGUGGGGCUACCCUGUAGAGCAGUGCUAAAGUGCGUUGGCCAGGGCGGGCCCCCACCCCCAUCGUGGCGAGAGGUGCUUACCGUUACCGUGAAAGCAUGCCCGCAUGUAGGCAUGUUACAUGAACCGACAACGUUUGUAAUAUGGUACAUACA